AGAGACGUGUUGCGAAUGGCGGAGACGCUGAGGCGGGUGCUAAGCCGGGGCAGCGCGGUGGGGACCGGGGAGGACACGGCAGAGGUGGGGCCACCUUUGCUCUUACUCGGUGCUCCAGGCUCUGGAAAAACAGCGCUGCUAUUUGCGGCGGCCUUGGAGGCGGCAGGAGAGGGCCGAGGCCCUGUCCUCUUCCUGACUCGUAGGCCUCUUCAAAGCCUGCCCCGCGGUAUCGGUGGGGCGCUUGACCCUCUGCGGCUGCAGAAGAUUCGCUUCCAGUACCCACCCUCAACUGGAGAGCUUCUCCGGCUCCUGUGCUCUGCCCAUGAGGCUCCCGGGCCUGCCCCCUCCCUACUGCUGCUUGAUGGCCUGGAGGAGUACCUAGCAAAAGACCCUGGGCCCCAGGAAGCCGCCUACCUGGCUGCCUUGCUUCUGGAUACAGUUGCCUACUUCAGCCACCGACGUGGACCCAACCGGGACUGUGGGCUCAUGGUGGCCCUCCAGACUCAGGAGGAAGGAGACAAUGGGAAUGCCCUGCAGCUGGCACUGCUCCAGCGGUAUUUCCCUGCCCAGUGCUGGCUGCAGCCAGAUGCACCAGGCCCAGGAGAGUGCCGCAUCCGAGCCUGCCUUGAGCCAAGUGGGCUGGGUCCCAGGACAGAGUGGUGUGUGACUUUCCAACCAGAUGGAGAGAUGAAGAUCACCAGGUGGCCCACCCAGGCUUGUGACCCCAGCUCAGACAAGAGUUCAAGCUCUGGAGACCAGCCCUGAACCUUGGUGUGUGUCAACGUGUCUGCCUCAGUUUCCAGGGGCUGGAAUACUUACUUCCGGAACGUGUGCAGAUUCAUCACUUAAAGAAUAUAAAGUGCUUUUUCUCUUUAGCACUAUAUAUAGGGGUUAAAAAUUAGCAUUAUAGGGCUGGGAUUGUGGCUCAGCAGUAGAGCACUCGCCUAGCAUGGGCAGGACCCUGGUUUGAUCCUCAGCACCACAUAAAAAUAAAGGCAUUGUGUUGUGUCCAUCUACACCUAAAAAAUAAAAAUUAGCAUUAUAGAGGUUGGGGAGAGCUUGCAUAGCAUGUGUGAGGCCCUGGGUUCAAUCCUCGAUACCAUAAACAAGCAAAAACACCCUAGUAUUACCAUGUACAUAUUAUGUCCAAUCAAUUGAUUUUUUCUUUUUUUUACUGUUUUGAACUGUAUAAAGAGUUUCAUGAUAAAUGUAAUCUGAGGCUUCCUUCUUUGCCCAGUUAAGAUUGUAACUAA